CCACUAGACGGAUAGAAAAAGGUGUCAAAAAGCCACAACCACAGAUGCUAAAGACUCCUGCUGCUAAUGGUAUCAUUGAAAAAGAUGUAACACCUUUGGAGAAAGAAAUUGCACGUUUGCAUCGAGUGGACUUUGAAUUCUCUGACAUAUUCUACUUCUGCCGGAAAGGGUUUGAGGCCAUUGUGGAAGAUGAAGUCACCACAAGGUUUUCCUCUGAAGAGCUGGUCUCCUGGAAUCUCCUCACGAGGACUAAUGUCAACUUCCACUACAUCAGCUUGAGGUUGACUGUUGUGUGGGUCAUUGGGGUUGUAGUGCGGUACUGCCUCCUGCUGCCCCUACGCUUUACCCUUGCUGCCAUUGGGAUUACCUCAAUGAUUGUGGGGACAACAAUAGUAGGACAGCUGCCAAACAGCAGUGUGAAAAACUAUUUGAGUGAAGUGGUCCACCUCACAUGCUCCCGCAUCCUUGUCAGAGCCCUGUCUGGUACUGUCCAUUACCAUAACAAGGAAAACAAACCUCAGAAAGGAGGAAUUUGUGUUGCCAACCACACAUCACCAAUAGAUGCGAUCAUUUUGAUAAAUGAUGGAUGCUAUGCAAUGGUUGGCCAGGUUCACGGUGGACUAAUGGGAGUUAUUCAGAGAGCCACAGUCAAGGCCUGUCCUCACAUCUGGUUUGAACGCUCAGAAAUCAGAGAUCGCCAUCUCGUGACAAAAAGACUCAGGGAACAUGUGACAGAUAAAAGCAAGCUCCCGAUCUUAAUUUUUCCGGAAGGCACCUGCAUAAACAAUACAUCUGUGAUGAUGUUCAAGAAGGGGAGCUUUGAAAUAGGAGGGACAAUAUAUCCUGUUGCAAUCAAAUAUGAUCCUCAGUUUGGAGAUGCAUUCUGGAACAGCAGCAAAUACAACAUCGUGAGCUAUCUGCUGCGAAUAAUGACCAGCUGGGCCAUUGUUUGCAAUGUGUGGUACAUGCCACCAAUGGUUAGAAAGGAAGGUGAAGAUGCUGUCCAGUUUGCCAACAGAGUGAAGUCAGCCAUUGCUCGCCAAGGAGGACUGACUGAACUUCCUUGGGAUGGAGGUCUGAAACGAGCAAGAGUCAAAGAUACUUUCAAAGAAGAGCAGCAGAAAAACUACAGCAAGAUGCUAGUGAGAAAUGGAUCAAUAGAAAAUUUGUCUGCAGGAGCAGAGUCAGACUGAAUGGUGGUUCUUGAAAACUAAUUUUGCACAACCAGCCUUAGCAGGAAUAAUGUGUGUUAAACGAAAAAAAAAAAAA